CUUUUGAAUUUUAUCUUAUAGGAAAGCAUGCGAUCAAUAGCAGGAAGCUCCCAAACAGUCAACGAAAACCACGAAGAUGAGAUCCUUCUAAAAGAGACGGCGCGAGAUAAAUCUAUAAUCAUUUCUUCAAUUGUCAAGCUGAUCGCGACACCUUUCGUUUCUGCAUUGUUYUGUUAUGUGUUUGACGUUGCAGACUUAACAAAUCUGAACAAUGGUUUCGUUAGCUUUGCUGUAGCUCAUCCAGCAUUUCCUCAUUUYAUGGCACAGAUUUUUACAAGCAUCGUAGGMAGCGUUUUAGGUUGGCUUGCAUGUGCAAUGUGUAUGCAAAGACUUGCCUUCUUUGUGCCGAUGCUCCUCGCCACACCACUCUCCCUGAUUUUGAUCUCCAUUCCKGAAAUGUGCUGCACCAGUGCCAUACCYCUGAAGUGUUUAGAAAUCCACGAGAUAAUCGUAAUACCAAUGGCUAUUUGCUUGUGGCUUGCACAAGUCUUGUCGACUGGCAUGUAUUUAUCAAAAGAGCAAUCCUUUAUCAUGGCUAAGGAGUCCUCCCUCUUCUGGCUACCGAUAUAUAACGAUGCAUUCCUCGAGCAAAAUCUGCUUUUAAACCGGAAAAAUCAGAUAACAGACGAGUCACAAUUGAAUCAACCAGAUGUUGCCAGGAACUCGAGUGUAUAUAUAUGCACGACAAUGUACCAUGAAAAUGAGACUGAGAUGGAACAACUGCUGCAYUCGCUUCACGACAUCGACACGGCAAGAGAGGGRACAAGACGAACAUUUGAGUCGCAUAUAUUUUUUGACGGAGCUGUAAAAGGGAAUGUGCUGAAUGACUUCGUAUUGCAGCUCAUUGCUCUUGUACCCAAAACACUUGGUGUGAAGAUUGACAAAUGUAUGAAGAUCAAGACACCUUACGGGAUGCAACUGAGGUGGAGACUACCUGGAGGAAUGCCAUUUCAUAUUCACCUGAAGGACAAUUUGAAGGUAAAAAACAAGAAGCGUUGGAGCCAAGCAAUGUACAUGUCCUACGUCUUAGACUACAAGGAAGCCAGUAUGGAAGGUGAUGACGACAAUACGUAUAUCCUAGCAACCGAUGCCGAUGUCCGUUUCACCCAUGAGUCAGUGCAAGCCCUGUUAGAUCUGAUGAUGAGRGAUCAAAAAGUGGGYGCUGUCUGUGGACGAACACAUCCUUUGGGRUCUGGGCCUGUUGUAUGGUAUCAAAUAUUCGAUUACGCUAUUGGUCACUGGUUUCAAAAGGUYGCCAAUCAUGUCCUUGGCUCAGUUCUCUGUUCACCUGGCUGUUUCAGUGUCUACCGUGCACGUGCCAUAAGAGAUGUUCUUCCCAUCUAUGCAUCACGUGUGAACACAUCCAUUGACUUCCUCACCAAAGACAUGGGGGAAGACCGCUGGAUGUGUACAUUGAUGGUUCAGUCAGGUUGGAGACUUGAGUACUGCGCAGCUGCAGAAGACAGCACUUUCUGUCCGGACAAUUUUGAUGAGUUCUUCAAUCAAAGACGKCGCUGGAUCCCAUCAACCCUUAUCAACCUCAUCCAGUUGAUUAGUGAMUGGAAAGUAACUGUUGAAAACAACGACAAGAUCUCGAUUUUCUUCAUUCUUUACCAAGCACUUUUAGUUGCAGCUACUCUUAUAUCGCCUGCAACAGUUAUCCUUGUCAUUACUGGGGCCCUGAAAUACUCCAAGUUACCAGGAUCAGAUAAUGAUGUAGCUAUUCUCAUACUCCUUUCUGUUAUAACGUUUGGUUAUGCCUUAAUCUGUCUUUACACUAAGCAGUCAUUUCAACUCAAGGUGGCWAAGAUUCUCACUAUUAUGUUCUCUUUGCUAAUGGCUGCUGUUACUGUUGGUAUGGCCGCACAGAUUGCUAUCGAUCUUUCCAAAAGGUCUGAAUGUGAUGAAUACGGUUCAUCGCUAGCUCCGUCUAAUACCACUACUUCGCCGCUCAUAACAACUAUAAAACCAACUACUUUGCCAAUUGAAUGUACAGACGGACUUCCUGCUGACUUAAGUUCGCUUUAUCUUGCUGGCCUUGUUGGUAUUUUUUUGGCUGCAGCACUGUUACAUCCAACCGAAGCCUUCUGUCUAGUUCAUGGGAUUUGGUACCUUUGCUGUCUGCCUUCGGGAUACCUGUUGCUUAUUAUAUACUCAUUAGCAAACAUCACUGACAGAUCAUGGGGAACUCGUGAAACCAAGGAAAAGAAGGUUGGCGAUGACGCUCCUUGGUACAAAAUACUCUGGGAAAAAYUCAGAUCUCUUUGCUUUUGUUGUCAACCUGAACAAAAACCCGCCCCACCUGAAACUGAAGAAAGUAUUGUUGAACAGCCAGGCGAGGACAUAACUUCAGAUGACUUAGAACCUGACAGAAUUAGUCCUUCUGCGCCUGUCAGCAGUGAAACAAGUGAUGCUGAAAAGACAACUGAUAGUCAAAGUGAAUCCGCUGCAGAAAGUCGACCUACGUUUCCCCCUCGAAAGUCGGUUUUAAAAUCAGCUAAACUUCAGAGGGCUAAAAGCGCAGAUGAACUUGCAGAAACAUCUAUGGUCAAAUCAUCAUGGCGUUUCCCAGGAGAGAAAAAGAGAACUGUCAGAUUUCAAGACCCGGCCUUGCAAAGAGUUUACUCUGAGAUGUCGAUAGAAAUGUGGCUUCCGGCAGAUUUAAGGGCGCUGUACUUGAAAAACUUCACCGAUAAUGGAUACGAUAACAUCAGUUUUAUCACUGGUAUGACCGAUAGGGAUCUUCGUUCCAUUGGUAUCAACAAAAGAGGUCAUCGAUCACAAAUAAUUUAUUUGAUAAAGAACAUCCCUUUCAUUCCUUCUGAUACAGAUGUACCAGAAAAUGUAGAAGAGUGGCUACAUUCAUUGGGGCUCGGCAUGUAUUGGAUUCAUUUCAGAGAGAACGGUUACACAAAGCCACAAAUGCUGGAAGAUCUUAAGUCAAUGGACACCGAAACUCUUCGCACAGCACUAGAAAUAGAUAUGAACAUUCGUAAAGUUGGCCAUUUGAACAAGAUGAUGGAUGCAAUUAAGAAUAUGCAGUACACAACCUCAGCACAAAGAGAGAUUCGCCAAGCACGUGACCUGGUGAACAAAGUAACCCUAUCGGAUAUCGAAAAAGACAACGGUGAUGAAGGCAAGGAAUACCGUUUUUGGACAAAGCUGCGACAAAGGUGUCUGCUUCCCGAGUCAGCAGUUUUUGGCAGCGUGAUACAACUCAAAGAAAAGUUAGAAGACUUGCGUGGCUCUUUCUUAACCGUGUUUGCCAUAGCUAACGUGAUGUGGAUUAUUAUCAUCAUCACUCUUGAUAAACAGGCUGAACUCAGGGUCAAAGGCACAAAUGCUAUCGGGCUUGCCUUUCUAUUUGUGUAUGGCCUGGUGAUUGUUAUCCAGUUUCUUACAAUGAUCUGGCAUCGACUAUCGACUCUCUGUCAUUUGCUGGCCCGUGCUCCAUGGAAAAGAGGUCCGUAUCAUCUUUCAUGGGCUUUCAAUGAUGAAGAUCUUGUCCCAGAACCUGAUCCUGUCGUACUUGAGCAAAUACGCGAGGCAAAAAGGAAGCGACGGACUAGACGAAGAACAGAUCGUACGCGUUCACCAGUCAGUGUAGAUGCAGUGCACCUGAAUCCCAUGGCUGAAGAUGGACCAUCAGUUAUUAAAACCGCCAGUAGUGAAACCAGUGUCAGAAUACAAAAUGGCUAAUACAGCCUGUCUUUUUCGUUUCUUUUCCGCCUCUUCAGGGUUUUUUUUCAGUUCUUUUUUCAUUUUUUUUUUCGAAGAAAUAAUAAAUCAAUACAUAAAAUAUUUAGCAAUAAUAAUAACAAUAAUAAUAGGAUAAAAUAGGAAUAUUUUGCUUUAAAAACGUUUCUCAUUAAUUAUUGCCCCUGUGUCAAACGCUUCCGAGGUUCUUUGGAAACCGUUUCGAUAAUUUGAAUAUACAGCAAAGGCCAGAGAGACGCUUCCACCAAGAAGUUCUAGUUAAUUAGCAGUAGAAGUCGCAGUUGUAGCUUAUUGAUAGCCUUUAGUUAUAAUACCUAUGCAUUUGGACUUUGAAUCAGUUUAAAAUACAAAUAGAAAUAUUACAAAAGUUU